GCUAUCAUCGUAUUUCCGUUUUUGAUUUAUGAUAAUAUAUUAUGAAUUCAAAUUUGUUCUGAGUUUUCACUUUUCCGGAUUGUUUUCAAUCAGAUUAGUUACACAUUUUAAUUAAAGGUAUACUAUUUUAUCAGUCAACUCUUUACAUAUAGUAGGUAAGUCAGAAUUAUAAUUCAACUAUAUUUAUACAUAUUUAACACUUUAUCCGAAUAAAUGUUCUAUUUUCAAUGAUUGUUUGGUUUAUGUAGAAAUGACUUCUUCUACGAUUAUAGUGCGUCAUUUGCCGCCACAAUUGUCGUCUGAACAAAAAGAAGAAUUUCUACGGUUUUUCGGUGCUAAGUACGUGAAAAUAUUAACAUCCAAAACAACUGAGAAAUGUACUGCAUAUGCCAGGUAUUGAUUAAAAAUAUUUAUAUAUAUAUAUAUAUUUUAAACAUUGAAUAAUGAUAUAAUAUUUCUUAUUAGAUUUGAAUCUCAAGAAUUCGCUGAAGCUGUCAUUCUAAGGUUACAUCAAAAAGAAAUAUUGGGUCAUAGGUUGACUCUCGAAUUGUCUCCAAAUGAACUAGAUGUAAAUUUAAUAGACCACACUCAAUCAUUACCAGAACCUGAAAGCAAUACAGACGAGGUUAAAAAAUUACAAGAGGCGUUUUUAAAUAAGUUGAAUUGUUGGACUACGGCCCUAGAUUUGAACCAUUCUCCACCCUACCAUUUACAUUACAGUUAUCCUGAUCCAAAUCCACAUAUAUUGUCUAACAUUGCAAAUUCAUUAGCCUGUAACCGAAAAUUCUAUUAUCAAGUACUGCACUUGAUGAAUCGCAUGAAUUUACCAACACCUUUUGAACCAGUUAAAAACAUCCAGUACAAUUUCAUGAAAUCUGAGACUGCAGAUAAGUGUACAACUACUGAUGAAACUGAUCCUGAACUUUCUGAAUCUGAAAUGGAAAGUGAAAUUGAAAUUGAUACACAGGAUCAUACAGAACCUAAACUAUCUUCUUUGAAAAGAAAAUUAUAUAAAGAUAUGAAACCUAAUCGUUUAAAAAUUAAAAAGAGUAUUGUUUCAGUUCCAAAGAAGCAAAAAAUUGAACUGGCCAAUGUUUUUGACACUGUUGAAUACGAGACAAAAAAGAAAAUUGAAGUUAAAGUAUCAACAGAACUAAAACCUGUCGAAGGACCCGCUGUUGAUACUGAAGGAGGAUUUGGAAUGAUAUAUUCAACAAAAACUGUGACAAAAAAAGAAGAUUUAAACAAAUGUGAAUCUGAUGAUGAUAUAACCAGUGAUUGCAUUAGUAAAGAAGAAUUAACUACAAAUAGAUUAUCAAAAAAAGAUAUGAAAAAUAUGUCUAUUUUUAAAAAUUAUUAUCCUGGAGCUCCAUCAUGUAGAUUAUACAUAAAAAAUUUAGCCAAAACAGUAGUGGAUAAUGAUUUAAAAUACAUUUACAAACGAUUUAUAAAAUCUGAUGAUCUUAAACCGGGUACUAUGUAAGUAAAAUAUUAUAAUAUUCACUUUGAAAGUAUAUAAUAAUUAAUUUUGUAGAUUUGAUGUACGAUUGAUGAAAGAAGGACGCAUGAAAGGACAAGCAUUUAUAACAUUGCCAUGUGUAGAAAAUGCCCAACAAGCAUUGAAUGAAACUCACGGUUUUAUUUUAAAAGAUAAACCAAUGAUAGUACAGUUUGCAAGAUCUGCCACAGCUAAAUAAGUAUUAAUAUUAUAAAAUAUUAUUGUAAAAACUGUUUAUUUUGUUAGCAACUUGAAACUUACUCAAUUAAUUUAAAUUCUGAACUUUGAAUAAGUAAAAUAUUUAAAUUUUCAAAUAUUCAAAUGUGAUAGUAUUGAUUAUUUUGCUACUAAUUAAACAUGAUACAUAGAUAACAACACAAUAAUAAUACAUUUCAUUAAUUGUGAUAUUGGUUUCAACUGAUUUGUUUUUGUUAAAUUUGUUUGUACAUCAAAUAGGACACUUGUAUUUUACCAGUAAUAUUUUUUUUAAAUAAAAAUUAAUUUAUCUUAGGAUGGCAGUAAUAUUGAUGAAAGCCUGCAUUUAAAAUUUUCAUAUCUACAUUGAUUUUUUUAAGCAACCUGGGAGACUGGAAAGAAUGGUUAAACUUGAAGAAUUUGAUUCUAAUUAGUUAAAAAUGUCUAAAAUGAACUAGAUUGAAGUAAGAAUAAUAAAAUGUUUUAAAAGAAAGUUUAAAACUACAUUUGUUUGAAACAAUUAGACAAAAUUUGGCUGAAAUUGAUUUACAUGAUAACUGUCACAAACAAUACAUAGAAUAACAUAAACAGGUCCAUAGAUGAUAAUUUUUUUUUUUUUACUUUAAAACAUUUAAACCUGUUAAAGUCACUGAAACAAAUGUACUUAAAUUAUUCAAGAAAUAUUAACAAUAAUUGUUCUCCAUACCUUUAAUUGAAUUUUCUUAAGAAAUGCAAAAGUUAAAAUAUGUACAAUAUAAUAUAAUAUAAUAUAAUAUAAUUAUUGGUGAGUAUAGGCAUAAGUCUUACAAUAUCAAACUUUUGAGGUUUUAAAAUCUAUAUUUAACCCGAUAUUUUCAGGAAAAUAUCUCUAGAAUAUGAAAAAGGGUUAAGAAAUUAAAUUUUCAACCAAUAUAACAGCUUAUGAGUGUUUCAAUAUUUUAACUCAUGAUUCUCAAAUUCAAAUAUCAAAAUAUCAUGUAUCAGAAAACACUCAUAUUGGCUCACCAACAAUUAUAUAGUUAUCUCCUUUAGUGUCCAUAUAGAAAUACUUUAACAAGGGAGGGGCAACUGUUUUAAGAAAAACAUGGUCUAUAAGUGACCAUGCUUUCUAAAUUUCUUUGUUCAAAUGUAAUAAUUAUUAUCAUUGGUAAUUAUAAAAUUAUAUAAUUUACAAUUGAAUGGAUGAUAUACUAGUCAUAUACUUCUAUGUGUUGAGUAUACAAAUGACUUAAGUUAUACUAAAUUACAGUAUAUUUAUACUAUAUUAAGUUAUAUUUUUUUUUUUUUUUUUAUAAAUACAAUGGAAUAUUGCUUUAAAUAAAUUUUGGUGUUAAAAUUUUUGUUUUUUGUUUGUAAAAACCUGUUGAUGAGAUAUUUUACUUUUAACUUUAGGUAGUUAUGAAAUUUUUAAUAUAUGUUCUCAUUUUAAAAAAAACCAAAGAUAGUAUUGUCACAGGAUACUCUUUAAAUGUUAUGAAAAAUCUAAGUAUUGAAAAUAUCUGCUUUAACUACACUUAAAAAUUCCAAAAAUCUAAGAAAUUUUUUUAUAUAUGCAAAAUUUAACCAAAAAAUAGGGUGAGCACACUCAUUGAAUCACUCUGUACAUAGAUUUUUUUUUUUUUUUUAUUACCUGUAUUAAGUAAAAAGUCUAAAACAAAAAUGUUUAAAAGAAACCAGUAUUAUAGUAUACAUGGUUGCAAUUUGUUGUCUAAAGUAUAGUUUAAUUUGUGAAUAAAUAGGUUGUUAGGUUAUCAAAAAAAAAAAAAAAAAGUAAUCUUACUCAAAUUUUUUUCUCAUUCAAGUUGUUAUUAUUAACAAAUAAUGAAAUAUAUACUAACUUAAUUAACUAGGUUGGACAUUUUAUAAAUUUAAAUACAUAACUUCUAGUCUCAUUUUAUUAAUUUAUAUAAUUAUAUUUUAAUAAGUUAGACAUUUUGAGUUACUGUCCCAGCUUUGUUCUAUAACAUAUUUUAUUACUUAACAUUUAAAAUAUUUGUUUGUUUGUUAAUUAGGUAAUAUUCUCAUUGAGAAGUCAGUAUAGUAAUAGGAUUCAAAUUUUGUAACAAACAAAAACCAAUCAUUCUUAUGUUAUCAGUAGAUAUUUUACAUAUUUGUAACUUGAAAACUAUAAAUAAUUUUGUAACCGCUAAAAUAGUUUGAAAAUUGUUAGAGUGUGCUAAUAUAAGUAUUCUGUAAAAAAAUUAAGUCUCCAGGUAUUUUACUCAGAAUUCAAAAAAAAAAAAAAAAAAUUGAAAACAACAGAAACCGUUAGGUAUUAUACAAAUAGGUAUUCUUGUUUUCUAAUUUUCCCAUUAUGAAGAAAACUACCAGAAAAAUCAAGAUUUACUAUAUUUCAGUAAAUUUGAUAUGAUCAUUAAAUAGAUAUUGUAAAUUAAUACCAAGGAACAAAUACAUUCAUCUGUUAAAGUAUAAGUUAUAACCACAUAUUUGGUAUUUUAUGUUUCAAUUGUAUAAGAAUUUAAUAUUGUAUUAGAAUACAAAUUAUGCUCAUUUAGAACUCCAUUUGUUUAGGUUAAUGUAACCAAACCAGAGUUCCAAAUACCAAUACAGUAUAAGGUACAGUGCUGCAAGUCAAUAGUUAAAUACAUUUAUAUAAAUUAAAUAAUACAAAAUAAAGUUUAAAAAAAUUCUGAGAGUGAUAUAUGAAGUGAAAUUUCUUUUUGUGGAAUUAGUGGCAUUUUAAACUUUGAUGUGGUGUAGUGUGUACUGUAAAUACUAUAACUAUAAGCGUAGAGACUAACACUAUAGUCUAUACAUUUACCCAGUGUUCGAAUUGGAAAUAUAAAAGAAGAGGGACUAUAAGGCUAAAAAAAAAAACCGUGCAACUAUUGAAGCUAACUAAUGGGAGGCUUUACCUCGCACCAAUUUUUAAACAUAAUUCAACAAAAAUGUAAGCUAAA